CACAAGCAAGCUAUAGCUUAAUUAUUGUGUCGAACCUAGUCCUACACUAUAAUGGCUAGCGAGCAAAACCAAAGCCACAUUCUCUUAGCAUCUAAGGUUGGGAUCAUUGGGGCUGGUAUUAGCGGAAUCGCUGCCGCUAAACAGCUUUCGGGUUAUAGCCCUGUGGUUUUUGAGGCCACAGAUUCCAUAGGAGGUGUCUGGAAACACUGUUCUUUCACUUCUACUAAACUCCAAACCCCUCGUUGUGAUUAUGAGUUCUCUGAUUACCCUUGGCCUGAAAGAGAUAAUUCAACUUUCCCUUCUCAUGUUGAAAUAUUGGAAUACUUGCAUGGCUAUGCAACACACUUUGAUGUGUUGAAGUUCAUCAAGUUCAACUCUAGGGUGAUUGAAAUCCGGUAUGUUGGUGACCGGAGUACUGAUAACAUUCAGCACAAAUUGAGUUCCAAAACAUCCACAGAGUACGGGAAUCUGCUGAAAGGCCAUCCUGUUUGGGAGGUUGCCAUAGAAAAUAACCAAUCCCAAACUGUUCAGUGGUAUGCUUUCGAGUUUCUUGUGGUAUGCAUCGGAAAAUAUGGAGACGUACCAAAAAUGCCAAGUUUUCCACCAAACAAAGGCCAAGAAGUAUUUCAAGGCAAGGUCUUACAUUCAGUGGAUUACUCCAAACUUGACAGAGAAACCUCUCGUGCACUUCUCAAAGGAAAGAAGGUGGCAAUUGUUGGCUACAAAAAAUCAGCUAUUGAUUUAGCCGUCGAGUGCGCACAGGCAAACCAAGGACCUGAUGGGCAAUCAUGCACGAUGGUGAUAAGGACUUUGCACUGGACCGUUCCGUCUUACAGGAUUUGGGGAUUGCCAUUUUUCUUGUUUUAUUCAACAAGGUCCUCUCAGUUUCUACACGAAAGGCCAAAUCAAAAUUUGUUCAGGACCUUGUUCUUACCUGUUUUAUCUCCAAUGCAAAGAGCAAUUUCCAAGUUCAUAGAGUCGUACUUGGUGUGGAAGCUUCCCUUAGUGAAGUAUGGACUGAAACCAGAUCAUCCAUUUGUGGAGGACUAUGCUUCCUGCCAGAUGGCUAUCUUGCCAGAGAAUUUCUUUGCUGAGGCAGACAAGGGAAAGAUAGAGUUUAAAAAGACAUCAAAAUGGUGGUUUUGGAAUGGGGGAAUUGAAUUUGAAGACAACACAAGAUUGGAAGCUGAUGUUGUGCUUCUUGCUACUGGUUAUGAUGGGAAGAAGAAACUUCAAGCUGUACUUCCUGAGCCUUUUAGGAGUCUCAUAGUGGAUGACUCCGGGAUCAUGCCCCUUUACAGAGGCACAAUUCAUCCCUUAAUCCCCAACAUGGCGUUUGUGGGGUAUAUUGAGAGUGUCUCAAAUCUGCACACGGCGGAGUUACGGUGCACCUGGCUGGCUAGAUUGGCUGAUAAUGUAUUCAAGCUUCCUAGUGUUGAGAAAAUGCUGACACAAGUAACAGAAGAGAUGCAAGUCAUGAAGAGGACAACCAGAUUCUACAAGAGACACUGCAUUUCCACUUUCAGUAUCAACCACAGUGAUGAGAUUUGUGAAGAGAUGGGAUGGAAUGCUUGGAGGAAGAAGAAUUGGCUUUCGGAAGCUUUUAGCCCUUACAACAGCCAAGACUACAUUGAUGAAGAAGAAAAUUAAAUUAAAACUAGUAGUAGAUUUAAAUGGGGUGAGCUAGCUAGCUAGUGCAAGAGAAUAAAUUAUAUUUGCUCUCCCAUCAAAAAAAAAAAAAAUUGAAAUGUUUUCCUCCCCCACGUAUGUAUUGAUAAGAUAAGGUUUCCUAUUAUUUCGAAACAUUUAUAUAUUGUAUUUUAGUUGUUAUUUGA